UUAGAAAGUUUGUAGAGCGAUCGCCCUCCUGCACCAAAGUCCACAGAGAAUAGCAUUGAUUUUAGCUCACAGGGAUACAGGAGGGAGCUGCUGGUCUACAGCUGCCUUGUUUAGACAGUCUGUGCCAUUUUUGGUAAAUCCGAGCAGAGGAUUUCACACACCGAAAUAACAACGUUUGCAGUUACUGUUGGAGGCAGCAGUGGAUCAACACCUCCUGUGUGCUGUGAUUAAACAAUCUAUACAUUUCUCUAUGGACUUUGGUGCAAGGAGCGUUAGUUCAGUGUCACGCCAGAAUUAGGCUACUUAGCUAUGAGAUAAAGCAGUGAACACAGUGUCCGGUCAUAGGUUGUUUUACAGAAAAAGUGGCCAACUUUUAAAAAACAACAACAAUAACACUUACGAAGACGUGAUAACACUCGGGUAAAACUCAAACGUUCGUUAUCUUAUCGUAAAAUGUCGCUCUUUCGCCUCACACGUGUGCUCUGAAUGACUUUUACGUGACGCCCGUGAACGCAGCAGCAGCUCCUUGUCGGAACAGCCGUCCGCACAUUCGUUGCCCCGUGAGUGGCGGAGGCGGGGGCUUGAUCAGCGGUCGCGUCCACCAAUCAGAAGCGACGCUAGGUCGACGCUGGCCCCGCCCCCUGUCCCUGUACUCCUGCUGCUGCUGUGGAUGAAGCGACGGUCACGGAACAUUCCUGAUCACAGAGCGAGACUCCACGGCGCAGGGACACAGCGACAACCGGGCGAAUCCACGGGAGUCUGGACACUUUAAUGACACUAUCCACGGACACGUAAGGCUGAUGUUGGGUCGAGGCGUGAAGCGGAAGCGGAGCUGCCUGGAGGAGCUGGAGGCCAAGGUUCUCCCCGCUGCUCCUGCCGCUGUGAUGGAGAAGCAGCAGCAGCAGCAGCAGCAGCAGCAGCAGCAGAGCGUGGUGGACGAGGUCCUGGACGACCACCUGAGUCACCUGCAGCAGCGUCAGCUGGUGCUCGGCCUCUGCUUGGAGAAGCUUCAGCGCUACCAGGUGGGCGUGGAGCUGAGCCUCCGCCGCUCCGUGCUGCUCAUCAACACGCUCCGGCAGCUCCAGGAGGACGUGAGGAGUGACGGGGCGGGAAACCACAGCCCGGGCGUCCACGCCGACUCCUGUCUCCUCAUGGACGACAUGCCCGUUACGUGCCCCGGGUGUUUGGAGGGCGACGAGGACGACCUGCCCCUGUCUCCGCCCGAACUCUCGCCCCAGGAGGCGGACAGUUCGCCUGAGCCACAGAAAUCACUGCCCGCCGCCACGGUCAGCGCCUUCAGCGACGCGGUAAACGCCAUCGGCUACCUCGGCGACCUGGCCCUGGACGACAUCUUCGAGGACAUCGACACGUCCAUGUACGAGACGUCGGAUGUGGCGUCUCCCUGGGCGACGGGCUCGCCGUGGCCCGUCAGCAUGUCGCUGUGGGCGGACGACGAGGACGUGAAAGUGCGGCUGCCGACUCACGGCUCGCCGGCGAGUCUCCAGUCGUGUCUCAUGGACCUGAACGAUCUGGACCACAUCAUGGAGAUUCUGGUCAAGUCCUGAUCCCCAAAAAACAUUCUUACACUCAUGUGAAGUGUGAACGC